AUGGAGAAUCCCAAGGCUCAAGGAAAUGUCCAAGAGUUCCAUCUACCGGAAUGGGAGACCACCGCUCGUCAUCGCGGAGAAAAGCAGGUCCAGAUUGGCAAGAAAUCGGGUGUGAAAGAACGCGUAUUCUUGGUCUUUGAUCGUGUCAUGCCCGGCCACAGAAAGUACUUUGGCUUCAGUAGAAAGAUCGCCUGCAUUGCCAUUUUCGUAGGAUUAUUGAUAUUACUAGCCGUGAUACUUGGUCUUGCAAUUGGCCUCAGCAAGAAGUCCAGCAACCACCAGAAUCUCCCUUUGGGAUCGCAGACUUACACCGGCGAUCUCACCUACUACGGCCCUGGACUAGGUGCCUGCGGCAUCACUUCCUCAGACACCGACCACAUUGUAUCCAUCAGUCACUUUACAUUCGACGCUGUAUCCAAAGGCUCAAAUCCGAACGCCAAUCCGCUGUGCGGACACAAGCUGAGAGCUGUUCGCAAUGGCAACAGCAUUGAUUUGACCGUUGUGUGGGCUGUCAACCUACUGACGUGGACGUCAGCCCUGGGGCUUUCAAGCAAUUGGCUGAUCCGAGUCUUGGACGCGUUGAAGUGA